AUGUUCGACCUAUCCCGGAAAUCCACUCUUAAUUCGGUGAAGGAAUGGUAUAGGCAAGCGCGCGGGUUUAACAAGACCGCUAUACCCUUCCUAAUUGGCACCAAGUUUGAUCAAUUUGCUACAUUUCCGCGGGACGAACAGGAAGAGAUAACAAAACAGGCAAAGAAGUUUGCACGUGCCAUGCAUGCAUCCUUGAUUUUCUGUUCAACAUCCGCUUCAAUAAACGUGCAGAAGAUCUUCAAGAUUGUUCUCGCGAAAGCCUUUGACCUUAAAUGCGUGAUCCCCGAGAUUGAAGGCGUAGGAGAACCAAUUCUGAUAUACGUUGAUGUAUGA